AUGUUGUUAUUGAUUGGAUCUAGUGAAGGAUUCUUCAAUGGUAAUAUAUCAACAGUGAGUAACAAAACAUUAAAUCGUCUUAAUUUAACAUGCUUCUAUAAUGAUAAUAUGGUAACUGACUGUGAAUAUUGUGUUUAUAAAUUUUUUUAUAAUGGUUCAUCAUCAACAAUAUCAUAUGACUGUAUGAUAGUAACAAAUAUAUAUACAAAUAUUGCUCAAAGAUGUACAGGAUUUUCAAACACCACUGAUAUUGGUUUUGGAUUUUGUUCACCUCUGGAAUUUGAAUUAUUUGAUAUAUCAAUAUUUUGUAUUUGUGCUACAGAUAUGUGUAAUAUCAAUUUUACUUCAUGUCAAUCAUCAGUAACUAAUCAAUUGCAAACAAACUCUGCACCUCCUGUUCUUUCUUCAAUGAUUCCUGAAAUGAAUACACCAAUAUCUUGUUAUGAUUCAUCAGAUCCAUUAAAUAAUAGUUUCUAUUGUGCAAAUUUUGCUUCUCCUUAUAUUGAUAUUCAAAAAUGCAAUGAAUAUACUAUUAACAACACAUUACUAUGCAUGCAUCAAAUGGACAGCGAUGGUCCAUUUUUUUUUGCACUUACCCCAGAUAUUUACAAGUAUUAUCUAUCAGGAGCACUUUCUAGAGUAUAUCAAUUUAAUCAGGAAUUAAGUACAACAUUGUCGUACAAUGAAACAUCAUCUUCUUUCUAUAUCAAUUAUAUUUUUCGUUAUGUAAAUGGUAAUCAGACUAUAUCAUGGCCUAUGGAGAGAUGUUUUUGUGCUCAGAGCUAUUGUAAUUACAAUUUAACAACUUGUCUUGGUGAGAAUAGAACAAUAACAAUAACAACAACAACAACAACAACAACAACACCAAUACCAACAGGAGAUAGUGUGAGAAAAAAUCCAAACAAUAUCAUUGUUUUUCUUUGGUUUUAUCUCAUCAUCAAACUAUUGUCUCUUUUAAAUCUCUCAAUUUAA